CGCGCGCCGACACGCGAACCGACGAAAGUGAAAAUAAACACGAUGAAAAUAACAGUGCAACUAUUUGUUUUUUGCGUAUUUACCCUUGCGCUCGCGAACUCCGAUGACCCGACGCAAUUAGAGAAGUAUGAGAAAAAAAUCAAAACAUAUCAACUAGAAGUACCUGGAAAGGAUCCGAUCACUAUUAUAGAAAAAGCACAAGAUUCCGCAAACCCCGACGAUAAAUGGGAAGAUAUGAAUUUUGAACGCAAGGAUAAGGAUGAUGCUGAAAUAAAAAAUCUUAUGACCCAUAUUGUUCACGAUUUUGAAGAAAAUCGUCCAAGAUGUUAUGGGCCUUCUUGUCAAGAUGGCUUCAACAGUGAGGAAGAGGACGCAUUAGAUGAUUACAUAUUGACAGCAGAAAAACUAAAAGAUUAUGGUGACCUACCCCAGGAUCGUCUUCAAGCAAUAUCCGCUUUAGCUGCUAAGCUUAAAAAGGACAAAAUUAAAGCAGAUCGCUUUUCUUCAAUGAACAGUGACAAAGACGAACAGGAUGGGAAUGGCAAAGUGUACACGACAUGGAAUCGAUUAAAAGUCAAACAACACAAACAUCCUUUUGACGAUAAAGAUGGAUGGGUAACAUUGGAACCGGUCGCGUGGUCUACAAGUAAAAUAUCUAAAUGGAAACCAAACAUCAAAAAACAGAAACCAAGUCACUGGAAUGACGAUGAAGACAGAUUUCCCAGUAAUGAUAGAUUUCCAAGUGAUGACAGAUUCCAUAAUGAUGAUAGGUUUUCUAAUGACGACAGGUUUCCUAGUGAUGAUAGAUUCCACAAUGAUGACAGAUUUACAUCUAGUCAAGAUUCUGGGAGUAACUAUAACUACAUGCCGCAUAAGAAGCCAUCGUCUAGUCGACCUAGUUACAUGAAUAACAAAUUGCAUUUACCUGCAGAAUUUGAACAGGAAAUCCCAUCAAAACCAUCAUGGACUAAACCACAGCAAGCAAGUUAUCCAUCAUCCUGGGCUCCUGACGAGGGACGACGCCCACACAAGCCAAAUUGUGAUAACCAUGAAAAUUAUUCCGAUGACGAUUCAGUGUAUUACGGUAUGUCCGAUUCUGUAGUGACUGAUCAGCGACCCGUGAACUACCCUUAUGAAUACGAGGCUCUUCAUCAGUCGUCGAGUUCAUCACAGAAGCGUCCAUUCAGGCGUCCAACUCAAGUAGUGUAUGCUGGAGGUCCUGAAUAUGAAAACGAUCGCGUUUCAAGACCACCACACGGUGAUGGCCAGUGGGUUUUGUUAUCAACGACGAAAGGAUACCGAAAUAAGAAGCGUCAAAGAUCUUUAAAUCCGCCAGCUGAUGACCGCGCAGAUGUAUCAACUAUGACAUCACACCAAGCUGUAGCGUUGACUGUGUUACCGGUGGAUAAAGCUCGCACUAAUAUGACGACGUCACAUGGCGGCAUGUUAGAAGUAGAAAAGAGUUUCCAAACUGUUGAAGAAUCAAAAAGGGAUAUGGACAAGAAGAAUGACUUAGAUGUUGCAAUGACACAGUUUAGGCCAAUUGUGAAUAAGAAUAGACUUGUGAAGAGGAAGAUUGUGUCUAAUGUGUCUCCAGACAGCUCGACGUUGUUAGCUGCAGUAGGUGCUGGCAUGGUACCAGCCACCAUGGCCAUGGUGGUACCCAUGAUGUUAGGGAAACGGAGGAGAAGAGAAAUAAAUAGAACACCAGAUGAUUCUCAAUUAGACAAUUUAUUAUUAUAUAAAUAUUGAUAGAUCUUUUA